ACGUUUUAAUUUUUUUUUCCAUAUCGAGCCAUAAACACAUUUGGAAACCCCUGCCUCGGUUACCGCACCAAGUUCGAUUACCAAAAGUAAACAAUCAUCAUAUCUGCGCGCCACGCCACAGUGAGCUGCGCGCGCUCCUCUCUCCUCAACCAACUCUUCUCAAGCAGCGUGUUUUUGCCAGUCAUUUGUAUUCCGUUGUCCACCCGCCUGCCAGCGCGAACGGCGAACCGUAUUAUAGUAGCUGUCCUCACGCGGCUAUUCAAAAUAAAUAACUCACUCAGACACAUCGAACUAAACUGUUAUGCCGCAAACUUGUUCCGAACGACGACGACGACGGCCACGGACGGCGAACGAUUGACGAGCGUAGCGUAGAUGACGUCGCCGCGUACUUCUACAUAGUCGUUGCCGUCGCGUCGCUCCAAGUUGUCUUGCAUCGUCGUGCGCUGCUAUCAGAGUCGGUCAGUCAGUCUUCACGAUGGCUUCAUACGAUUCCGUUCGACGUAUCUGGAGCGGUCCGCGUCAACCUUGCAUUUUCAACCCGGAGUGUAACUUUGGUCAGAUUGUGCUGAACCUGUUGGAUCGGUCGCCGGAGAAAGUGAUCCAGAUCGAUGCCGACACCGGGCGGGAGAUGACCCGGGCCGAGAUGCGCCUGCGGGUGGUCCGGGCUGCGCAGCAUCUACAGAAGCUCGGUUACGGGGUCGGUGACAUCGCAACGGUAGCGGCAGUGAACAGUGAGAAUUUGGCGCCCCUGGUGCUGGCGCUGCAAGUCAUCGGUGCGGGUUUCAACGCCCUGGCACCGACGUUCGACGCAGAAGAAAUGGCACACAUGAUGCGGCAAACGCAGAGCAAGUUGGUGUUCUGCGACGCCGAUAAUUACGACACGGUGAAGGUCGCCGCCGACAAGGCGCUCGAAGGCGAUUAUCGGAUCUACGUGAUGGAAGACGCUCGAGAGGCUGCCCUGGCGGUCGAUCAGCUGUUUCAGCCGACGGGGACGGAGCACAUGUUCUACCCCCGUUAUCUGGGAGAUUCUUACAAACUGAUUGCAAACAUCACAUGUUCAUCGGGAACAACCGGCCUGCCGAAGGGAGUCUGCAACUCACAUGCCCAAACGAUCUCCUGCUUCUGUAGAGUAGUGAACUUGUCCACAGAGAUCUGCCUCAACUUCAGCACCCUGUACUGGGGCACCGGCGUGUACGUGCUGAACAUGUCGGUCAUGAACGAUGGUACCCGGCUCAUCACACGGCGACCGUUUUCGGUGGAUUUGUUCUACGAGCUGAUCGCCAAGUAUCGCAUUCGGUUCCUGUACACUCCGGCCUCGUACGCGCUGGGCAUUACGAGUGAUGCCCGCGCCGGUGAGAUGGAUUUUUCCAGUAUUAAGUUUUGGGCAUUGGGUGCUUCGAGCGUUUCCGAAGCUAUUCGGGAUGCGGUGGAUGGGUUGCUGAAACCGUCGGGUGGGAGGUCGUACAAUUUCUACGGAACGUCGGAGAGUGGGUUUUUGGCGGCGGAUUUCAUGCGAAGGAAAGCGAAUGCUGUGGGUCAGGUCGGUACCAAUAUGCAGGUUCGGAUAGUGGAUGAGGAUGGGGAGCCGCUGCAGGUGGGCGAAACUGGGGAACUGGUCGUCAAGUCGAUUGGAAUUCCCUUUCUGGGUUACUACAAGAACGAAGAAGCUACUCGGGAAGCCUUGGACAAGGAAGGAUGGUUCCGCACCGGAGAUAUCGGCUAUUUCGAUGAGGAAAAAUACCUGUAUUUGGUAGAUCGGAAGAAAGACAUUCUGAAGUACAUGGGCAAUCAGGUAUCUCCGUCAGAGGUUGAAGCAGUUAUCGAACAGAUGGCGGGAGUGAAACUAGUAUGCGUUACCGGAGUGCCGAAUAAAACGGGAACAUCAGAUUUGGUUACUGCUGUUAUUGUCAAAGAUCCAAGUUCACAGUUAACAGCUGAGGAAGUCGAACAGCAUGUGGCGAGGAACUUAAGCGAUCCAAAGCAUUUACGCGGAGGCGUCUUCUUCGUGGAGCAACUUCCGAUGACCUCCAACGGAAAAGUUGUUAGAAGGAAAGUACGAGAUAUCAUUCUACAAGAGCAUUUUAAAAAAUGAAUAAAUAUUAGUUACA